UUCAGAACAAUGAAUGAAGUUUGGACUCCUAUUGCGAAGCAGUACAACCCAUUGAAAGCUGGAAGCAUUGAUGGCACUGAUGAGGAACCCCACGACCGAGCUGUGUCAAGGGCAAUUGCAGCCAAGUACAGACCAAACAAAGGAGUAUUAGGAGACCCUCACCUGACACUCUUUGUCGCCAGGUUAAAUCCCCAAACAUCUGAGGAGAAGUUAAAAGACACUUUUUCCCGAUUUGGGGAUGUCCGCAGACUGAGACUUGUGCGUGAUAUUGUCACUGGUUUUUCCAAAUGCUAUGCUUUCAUUGAAUAUAAGGAUGAACGUUCAUUAUUAAAGGCACAUCGUGACAGCAAUAAAUUAGUCGUAGACCAGAAUGAAAUAUUUGUGGAUUUUGAAUUAGAACGCACUUUGAAAGGAUGGGUCCCACGGAGACUUGGAGGGGGAUUAGGCGGUAAAAAAGAAUCUGGCCAGCUACGGUUUGGUGGACGAGAUCGUCCAUUUAGGAAACCUAUCAGUCUCCCAGCAUUGAAGGCAGAACUAUACACAGAGGAGCAGGCUGACAAACUAGAUAGGUCAAGUUCCAGAGAACUGUCGAGGGAUAGCCGGCAGUGGGAGAGAAGUCGAGACUGGGAAAGGCGAAGGGAAAGAGAGCAGAGAGGUGAGGAAGGACAAAAGCGUGAUGGAGAUAGAGUGCGAUACAGAAGUAGGGAAAGAGAUCAUAAACGACAAAGAGAUGAAGGUCGAUGUACAGAGGAAGAUAAACACCAACGGAGAAACAGGCAUAAAACUCGACGAUAGAAGCUAUACUAGGGGUUUACCUUCCUAAUGAAAGUAGAAGUAUCUUUUUAGGCUCUGUUCCACCGAAGUCUUCGAUUACUUUUAUGGUACAACUGAAAUAUGAAGUACCUUGUCAGCAUCAGUGGUGUAUAAAUAAUAUUCACAACUUGCUGAUAAACUGUUAUGUUAUUUGAGAGCAAAGAUUGUUUUGGUUCUGUGAAGGUUUGCUCUUUCAAAUAAAAACAAAUGUGAUGUUA